AUGAUCCAGAACUGCAGGUCAUCCUCUGGACUUUUCUUAUCCAUGUACCUAAUCACAGUGCUUGGAAACCUGCUAAUUAUAUUGGCUGUCAGUUUUGACUCCCACCUUCAUACCCCCAUGUACUUCUUCCUCUCUAACCUGUCCUUCACUGAUAUAUGCCUCAUCACCAGUACAGUCCCCAGGAUGCUGUUGAACAUCCAGAGACAGAACAAAGCCAUCAGUUACACAGAUUGCCUCACACAGCUGUACUUUGUUAUAUUUCUUGGUGGAAUGGAAAACUUCCUUCUCGCAGCAAUGGCUUAUGAUCGCUAUGCAGCCAUCUGCCAUCCACUUAGAUACACAGUUAUUAUGAAUCCAAGCAUCUGCAGUCUGCUGACUUUGUUUUCCUUGUUUAUUAGCAUGAUAGAUGCCCUUAUCCACAGUCUGUUGGUAUUGAAACUAUCAUUCUGCAAAGCCAUGGACAUUCCCCACUUCUUCUGUGAACUUGAUCAUGUCAUCAAGCUGUCCUGUUCUGACACACUCAUCAACAAUAUAGUGAUAUACUUGGCAGUUUGCAUAUUUGGUGGUCUUUCAUUUGGGGGCAUUAUUUUGUCUUAUGUUCAAAUUGUCUCUUCAAUUUUGAGAAAACCUUCAAGGAGAGGUAGUUAUAAAGUCUUUUCCACAUGUGGGUCUCACUUGUCAGUUGUUUCCCUGUUCUAUGGCACAUUGUUUGGUGUCUAUAUCAGCUCUGCAGUGACUGACUCUCCCAGGAAGACUGCAGUGGCUUCAUUACUGUACACCGUGGUCCCUCAGAUGCUCAACCCAUUUAUCUAUAGUCUGAGGAACAAAGACAUGAAAGAAGCCUUGAGGAAAAUAAGUUGUGUAAUUAUGUGA